UGUUCCAGUCGCGGCUGAGGGAAGCAGCGCGGAUGUUCUGUUGACUAUGAAAGGUGUGGGAGUAGCGCAGAAUCACUUGGGUGCUCCGGUUUGGAUGCAUUUAUUUCAUCGUUCGCCGCUCAGAUCGUCGCAGAGCUCACUUUCCGCUGGUGCCGCCGACGCUGCCCGCUGACCAAUAUAGGGCGGUUUCUGGCGCGCUGGGCACUGUGGGUACGGACGGAUGCCAUUGAUCCCGGGGUGGUGGCCCCAACUCGCCGUAGGUUCACACAGGCGAGGUUCGCCUCCGCUCAAACUUUAGUCCUGUUUAUUUCUCUUUCUUUGUCGCUCCCUGUCUACACAGAUUCCGCCGCUCGAGCCCAGCAUUUUCCAUUUCAAUCUCAGGAACUGCAUUAUCAUCAGUAUUAUCCUGCUUUUACCCUGGACCCAGGAGCCUCUUUUUUUUUAAUUUCAGUUCGCGACUCAAGUUGGUAAGAAGGCUACACGUGGGGAUCACAGGGAACGGCAGGUCACCUGCCCCCAACACCUUAAGCUUAUUGCCAAUGUACAGCGCAGCUGGCUUUAUCGGGAUCUUUAUUGCCAUUGUUGGAUCUUGCUGAUGGAAGGAGAGAGUAGUGAUCACACUGUGGGCCAGACAAAGAUAUUUUCCUCAUGUGAACUUGCCUUCAGCUGCAUCCCUGUCUCAGGGAAUCAUAUGCAUUGUUAUAAUGGAGAGGCCCUCAGUGAAGCUGGAGAUGAUGGGAAGAGCUGUAGUUCCCUGCCAUCUUUGGGGGUUCAUGAGCACAGUUUGAUCAGGAACAGUCCAUUCACCUGCUCUGUGUGUGGAAAAGUAUUUGCUUAUCUGUCCCACUUGCAGGCACACCAGCUUGUUCACACAGAGGAAAGACCAUUUCAGUGUUCCGACUGUAGGAAGACAUUUAAAUGCUCCCGGGAUCUGAUGAGGCACAAGCUGGCUCACACAGAGGAGAGGCCAUUUCAAUGUUCUGACUGUGGGAAGUGUUUUAAAAGCUUCCAGGAGCUGCAGCGACACCGGCACCUGCACAGUGGGCUGAGGCCGUUCACUUGCUCCGUGUGUGGGAAGGCAUUCGCUCGGUCCUUCAACCUGCUGGCACACCAGAGAGUUCACACUGGGGAGAAGCCGUUCUCCUGCUUCAUUUGUGGGAAGGGGUACAGUCGGCUAACCCACCUAGUGAAACAUAAGGAAAUUCAUAGUGAUGAGAGACCUUUCAGAUGCUCUGACUGUGGGAUGAGCUUUAAUAGCUCCCAGAAGCUGAAGGGACACCAGCGCGAGCACACCGGAGAACAAACUUUCAUCUGCUCCGUGUGUGGGAAGGGGUUCACACGGUCAUCUGCUCUGCUAGCACACCAGCGAGUUCACAUGGAUGAGAGACCCUUUAAAUGUUCCGAAUGUGGGGAGACGUUCAGAACCUUCAAGUGCUUGAAGAGACACCAACAUAGUCACACAGGCAAAAGCCCAUUCACUUGCCCUGAGUGUGGGAAGGGAUUUGCUCAGUCAACUCCUCUGAUGAUACACCAGCGAGUUCACACCGGGGAGAGGCCCUUCACCUGCUCUGUAUGUGGGAAGGGAUUCACACAGUUGUCCAACCUGCGAACACACCAGAGGGUCCAUACUGGAGAGAAGCCAUUCAGCUGUUCUGAGUGCGGGAAGGUAUUUGCUCGAUCAUCCAACCUGCUGAUGCACCAGCGGGUUCACACGGCCGAAAGACCAUUCAAAUGCCCGGACUGUGGGAAGGGCUUUAAAAGACAAUGGCUGUUGGUGACACACCAGCGGGUUCACUCUGGUGAGAGGCCGUUCAUUUGCUCCCUGUGUGGGAAAGGGUUCGCUCAGUCGUCGACCCUCCAGAGCCACCGGCGUGUUCACACGACUACGCCAUUCGAGUGCUCUGACUGUGGCAAGAGCUUUAAAAGAGCCAGAAACUUGCUAAAGCACCAGUCAUGUCAUGCUGCCCAGUAGCGCAGCAGCCAAUGUACGAAAUGAAUUGAAGGCUUUCAGUCACAUGUGCUGCUGCUUAAACUUUCAAACUGUUGCGCUGACGAUUCCCUUUAUUUGAUCCUUGAUUGUUAAUCAAUGAAGUAGUGCAAAUAUACGGCAUUGAAAGAGGAAGUUUCACCCAACUGAAUUAAAGUGAAAGUGUUCACAGUACAGAAGAAGGUCCUUCAGCCUAUUGAAACUGUGCCAGUCAAAAACAAGCACCUAACUGUUCUAAUCCCUUUGUUUAGCACUUGGUCCGUAGUCUUGUAUUCCUUGGCAUUGCAAGUAUGUAUCUAAAUUAAACAUUUCUGCCUCUAACAUUCUUACAGGCACUGAGUUCUAGAUUCCUGCCAACCUCCGGGGAAAAAAAGCUUUCUUUACAUCCCCGCUAAACCUCCUUUCCCCUACUUCAAAUAUCUUCCUCAGUCAUUGAUCCCUCCACUGAGGAGAAAAGUUCCAUCUCGGCUACCUGUCUACGCCCUUCAUAAUUUUAUACAUCUCAAUCAUGUCCUCUCUCAUUCUGCUGUACUCCAAGAAAACAACCCACUCUAUCGAACCUCUCUUCAUUGCUAAAACUCUCCAGCCCUGGCGAUAUCCUUGUAAAUUCCCUGUUCAUGCUCCAGACAAACCUCCACCCCCUCCACUUUAACCCAUGAACACAUCCUCUUAUUCCUUUCUCCCUCACUUGUUUAACCCACUUCCUCUUAGAAUGUAUCUGUGUUAACCACUGCACCAUUCCCUGUGGUAGCAUGUUCUACAUUUUCACUUUGAAGAUAAGUGGAGCUGACCAGUGUUCACCUUCUGAGUGCUGAAGCAUUACUGAAUACGUUUGUAUUCAUGGGCAAAGUGCCAGACAAUUAUAGAUUCGAUAUCUGAGUGAGAAACCAAUAAUGACCUUGCACACUGUGUAGCAGUGCCAAAUGUUUGUUUAUAAUCCCAUACCUAGGAAAGAACAGGACUACAGGAGGCAGGCAACAGAUACGGCCUAAACAAUCCCAUUUUAUGGAACUGUACAACUUCAUCAGAGCAGUCCACUUUACCUAUGAUCAAUUGAAAGAGAUUUGAGAAGUAUGUAUGACUACAGUGUACUUCCAGUCAUUCUAAGUGAAUCCUGUUCUUGUGAGCUUGAUUGCCUGUGAUCUUUAAUGCUGGUACUAGGGAUCAUUGGUAUCAUGGAAAUAUACAGCACAGAAAGAGGCCACUGGGCCCAUUGUUUCUGGACUAGCCUAAAGAGAAUCAUCAGCCUAAUUCCACAUUCCAGCUCCUGAUGCAGUUGAACACUCUUCUGGGUGUGAGCACCUCAGGGCUUUUCCAGUUGCUGUUGUUCAAACUCUUUUCACACGGACACAUCCUUCUGCAUUCACAGGCUUAUGAUGUUCUGUUUCUAAUGAAUUGAAUGACCCUUUCAGAAGCUGAUGUGAUGUUUGGCUUGGGUUUCCUGUGGCACAUCCCCCUGUUUUACCUCUUUGUUUCUCUUCAACACAAGUAUAUAUUACUUCCCCACUUUGAAACUGUAACCCCUAAUAAACUAAAAUGAAAAUCACUAAAACUGGAAAUGAAACUUAGAAUGUCAAUCCCUCUGGUGUUCACUAGUUGCAGGGAACCUUCAACUUUCUCACCAGGGACAGCUAAAUGCAGAGGAAAAAAAAAUCUACAAAGGAGAUGCAUAGCAGGCAAUUAGGUCAAUUGACCACUGUUGUUCAAGAGCCGUCCCAUAAAGAUGUUCUCAGUCCUGCCCACUCUUCUGUCUCUGAGCAAGGCGUGCAGUAUUCACAAUGAAAAGGCAACCAUUUUCAUAGAUGGAUAUAAAUCAAUAUGACCUGAUGGCCAUUAUGGGGACAUGCUUGCAAGGUGACCAAGGCUAGGACCUGAAUAUUGAAGGAUAUUUGACAUUUUGAAAAACCAAGAAGCUGGGAAAAGUUUGACGUAGCUCUCAUAAUUAAGAAUGACAUUAUAGGAAAAGAUGGCCUCAUCUCACAACAACAAAAUGUAGAAUCUGUUUGGGUAGAGAUAAGAUAAUAAGA